GAAUCUCACAACAGGAGAACCCCAGUUGCAGUAUUUUUUUAAAAAAAAGGAAAAAAAGAGAAAAAUAAAAAAAAGAUGGCGCCGUCCGUGGGGAAAACGGCGUUGCUGGCGUCCUGGGCCAUGGCAGCUGGGCGGAUGCGAGCAAGAGGAUGGGUGCACGGAGUACGGUGGAGAAAGAGAAGAGCACUAGGGGUUGGCAAGUGUGUGCAUGAGUAUGAAAAUGGCGAGAGGAAGGAGACGAACUCUCCGCAUUCCUCCCUUUUUAUCCUCGCCUCACCAGUGCCCGACUCCUCGUUUCUCGCCAUUUCGGUUGCCUCCUCGUUUUUUGCACCCACUCGUCCCAUUCGUCCCGCUAAUCGCACGCCCCGCGCUUAGCACGCCUGUCAACGGCGUGGCCGGUGCGGGACGCAUGAUGAUUACGGUUGCGGCCAGGCGGGCCCACCGAUAAUCCCGCGUUCCCACGCGCCUGGUGGUCAGGCGGUUGACGAGACGGCCAGUAAUGGCACCGGGCACAGUCUAACAGGACCCCUCACUUUUCCUGCCUUGCGCGCCUCGCGUGUGGCGCGUUUAUCGGCGGUCGAAUAAUCAUCACGGUGGACGCUUGGAUCGAGCUCGCCAACAAUGACUCCUCAAACCCCCCCGUGCAACCCAUUAUCAUGAGACGGAAGUUAUGAGGCACCACACCAGACCACCCCAAGGGGGUCGCACUCGGAUACAGUGCCGGAGGCUACUGUCGGUGAAAUGGGCUUGGGAGUACACACAAUAGAGGGAAGUAUCAUUCUCAUCUAAGUCGCGUGGCCACGUGGCCUCGUCUCCCCUCGCCCCUCGGGUAGCGCUGAGGUGGCCGGGGGGCCUCGGGGUGCCACGUCACAGCCCUCGGGGCUUCGGGGCGUGCUACCCGGAGGCCCUCGCCCGGCCACUACGUGGCGGGGAGAGCGGGCGGGACGAGAAACGCUGCUCCACGCCUUCAAUGCGCGGCGCCCCAACCAUCCCGUGCCAUAUUUAAUGCGGCGUGGGAGGACGUGCGGCGCUGCUCGAUUGAUGUCAAUCGAGCUUGACUGGUCUAUGACCGGUCACAGGUGAUAGGACAGGUGGCAGUGCCCCCACGUUCCGCCCUGUGUCAAGCGGAAUGGGGGCAGGUACGCCCCGUCGCAUCGGCACACUGCCAGGGGCGCCCCCCGCGCGUGGUGAGCCGCCGAAGUCCCCAUACAAUUAAUGGGGAAUGACGGGGAUGUCCCCCAUGUCAGGCGGGGGACGGCGCUGGGCCCCACCUGAAGUUGGGCGACCGUGUUGCUUCCGGUUGAAACAAAGGAUAGCGAUCUGAUCAGGGCCAUGUGGGCCCCCCACCUGUGGAGGGGUAGGUGCAAACGGUGCAUGUGGUAUCCCCUUGAACUAUAAAAGGAGGACCUCGCCCACCGAGAAAGAGGACGACUCUCAGACAACUUGAGCUCAGAGGAAGAACAGCUAGGUUUCCCUUAGAGCUCAAAACCUCCUGUCAAAAUUCACCAUAAUCCCACACAGAGGAGUAGGGUAUUACACUUGAUAGCGGCCCAAACCUGUAUAAUCCAUGGUCUCUGACACAGCCACAAGAGCGAUUUAGUAGUUAAGCACCAAGUGGAAGUAGGCUCUUGAUCAUCGCACCAUCUCCCCCGGCCGAACUCACAAAGGGGGGGGUCUCACGACCACCCGCUAGAGAGGAUCUCUCCUCGACAAUAGUGAAAAAUUACGAGUACACUUGCUGAAACAAUGUUGGUGGAACAAAAAUUGAAACGGAUUCCUUUAAUAGAGCAUUUCCAUAAUAUGUGGGUAAUUUGUUACAACGACGCAUGUGGUGGGGCGAGUGGUGGGGACGGCAUGGAGGUCCGGAAGUGGCGGGCGCCUGAUUUUUCUGGCGCUGAUCGGGUUCCCGAUCCCUAGCAUUUUCGCCGUAAAUAUAUUGGUGGGUGCCAUGGAUAAGGGUGAGGGGUGAGAGUAAAAAAAUCACUAUUGAUAGACAGAGUGAUGGGUAGAUCGGUGGUGUAGUGGUUGAAUAAAAAAUUACUACGAUAGAGGUAAUGAUGUGUGGCUGGAUGGGAGUGGCUAUGAGAAGUGCUAUGCCGUUAGGUAGCACCAUUUCGGAAGAUAGCGAUCGCGAGGAUAAGAGUUCGGAAGAUAUUUUGAAGAAGUAAGUCCCACAUCCCAGUUGAGCAUUUUGAGCCUACUUUAUACAAUGUUUUACCGUUUGCAAAUAAUUAAAUUGCAUGUUUUUCUAAUUACAUGGGAUUAGGGACUACCGAUCUGCUCGCUUGUGCCAUGUUUACUUAAUAUCCAUCCUUUGUCAAAUUGGAUGAUAAUUUGACUAGCUUGUCACUUAUGUUGACCUAGGUAGAAUUAUAUAUGCUUAGCCAUGCUUAAUUACCACAUUAUCUACCUUUAGUAUCUUGAUGAGUUGUGAGUUCGAGACACCUAGCCAUGUUUUAUUGCUCGAAAUUAUACAACUAAAAUAUGGCUUAAUGGUGAGCUGUGUGUGUAUGGUUUUGCUAGUCGUAUCCAUAGCAAUUAACGACCGGUUCGCGGGAAACCUAGGUGUAUGGUUUUGCUAGUUGUAUCCAUGGUAAUUAAGGAUCGGUUCGCGUGAAACCCUAGAAGACUUACAGUGCUUACCACAAGCAAGAAUGGGCAACUGCUGGACUUGUAGUGUAACUUUUCCCUUUCUGACGUACUGAGGCAAGAGUGAGCGUGAUGGAGUUUGGAUGGGCCCUGCGACGGCCUUUAUGGCUUCCGGAUUCACCUAGGCACAAAAGGGGUUGCCUACCUUGGUUUUAAAGAUAGGGGCGAAACUUACAGUAUGAUGCAAUUGGUCAGUGGGAGUUAUGCGAAGGGUCUUGUCACAAUCACUCAACAUGGUGACGUGUCUGGUCGGGCACGGUGAUAUGCCGGUAGAUUGUGUCUUGUGGGUACAGUUGUGCAUCUCUAGCUAAAGUAAAACUAUUCGAAUAGUCAUGCCCGUGAUGAUGGGCGAUUAACUAGUUUCACCGUGAUUAGCCCCACUCUAUUAAUUUGAUUUAAUAAAUUGGUGUAGUUCAGGUGGUUUGGUUGGGUCUGUUCAACGUGGUGUAGAAUUGUUCAGCGGAGAUUUAAUAUUGCCUUAAUCAAUCAACAAUUUUGCUUUUUUUAACUUCAAAUGUUUACAACUGCCUUUUUGCAAAUAGCCAUAAACCUCCCUUGUAUUCUCUUACAUGUCUGUAUCGUUGGUGUGGUUUCCGAGUACGGUGGUUGUACUCAGCCUUUGUAUUAUUCCCCCUUUUCAGAAGUUUGUGCUUUCCGAGCUGAAUACGAAGUUAGAGGCCCAAGGCUUAUACCCCAGUUGAUUUUUUGUCUGUGGAGUGUAAAUUUUUGUCUCUUAUAUAAGUAUUUACGUUUGGAUCUAUAAAUUAAUUUGUUGUUUUGUGUAUCCUGGCUUGGUUCCUCGACAAGGAUUUAUAUAUAAAAUAGUCUGAAAAUUUGAGCUAAAUUUCAAGGCGUGACAUGCUCUAGAUCCAUCCACGUGGGUGGGUUGGAGAGGGAAAGGGUGAGAGAGAGGAAUGAAUCCCUUCUUUCCGCACUGGCCCGUCCAACAUGGCCAUCUUGCCGCGGCAAGCCGCCACCACAACAAGACUAACGCUUAGAAAAGAGAUCGUUGUAGCCUUCAACACCCACCUCAUGGUGCUACCGUCAUCGCCGCCUCGACUAACGCUUAGAAAAGAGAUCGUUGUAGCCUUCAACACCCACCUCAUGGCGCUACCGUCAUCGCCGCCUCGACUAGACUAUUCGUGUCCAACGACCAGCUUGGUCGCAUUGCCGUUGCCUCCAUCCUCCCACAGCGGUAGCCUCUGCGCCGCGCUCGCCAGCUACGAGCCUCCGUGUUGUGCUCUCUGCACGCCUUCUCGGUUGGCCUCAGCCGCCGCCGGAUUCACUGCAAUAGCCUCCCUGUCAUCGCCAACGCCCGCUCCAGCCUUUCGGCAACGGAGCCUCCUCCACGCCACGUCAGCCUCUUCGGUGACGACCUCCUUGCCUCCACCGCUGCCAAACGCGCCGGCCUCGUCGUCCGACCGUCACUUGCAUUGUCCUCGUCCUCCGCCAUCGACCAUGACCGUGCUUCGUCAUGUCGCCCUGUGCCGCCCCGCUCCUCCACCGGGCCGCCGUCACCGCGAGCGCCAUUGCUGUUGAGGGAUUCGGCACCGCCGGAGUUGCCCGCUCCCAAUCUUGCUGCAGGAGGGCUAGAUGCGCAUCCGGCGUGGCCAAAUUGGCCGCGCCGAGUACUCUACCCACCGGUGCAUGCCACUCCACCUCCCGUGCCGAGAAGAAGCGUCAUUAACUUGUUUUGCCUGCCACCGCCUUCUUGGUUGGCCGCUCGGUUUCCGACGGUGGCGAUGCAGCAAGAAAGAGUGAGGAAGGUGGCGGUGUUUUGCCGCCAGCCGCCCGCGCAAGAGCAAUGCUGGGACAAGGAAAAAAAAAUCCAAAAGUAUAUAACGUGCUGGACUUUGACUAAAAAGCACAAUUUUUUUUAUUGUGAUGGUUAGCAAUGAUAUUUCAGCUAAGAAAUGCGAUAGUUAAACAUAUAUUCCUUUUGAGUUUAUUUUUGAAAAUAUCCCUACCUUACCUCCGCCACUGCGGCCGUGAAAUUCGGUGUAUUUUUCCCGCGGUACUCCACCAAAAGCUUCCCGCCAAACGUCCUUUCCCGCGCGGGGGGACGCGCCAAAACCCACCAAAAUGUCUGCAACCAAAACCCCACCCCGCGUAUCGUCAAUCUCUGGAAACCCCUAACAAAUUCCUGAACACCCGCCGCCACCAUAGCUUCAGCCUCGUGGGUGAAGAAUCUCUCGUCGUCGUCGUCGGUGUCACCAUGAAAGGGCGCGCGGUGAAGCUCCGAGAGGCGCACAAGGCCGGCUCGCCAGUCUUCUGCUCCGUUGCGUGGGGCCAAGGCGGGCAGCAUGUCGUCACCGCAUCCGCCGCCGACGUGGCCAUCCUCAUCCAUGACGCCGCUGCGGUCGCCGCCGCCGGUGGCCGGAGCUCGGGCUCCGCGGCUGCGGCGGCGCUUUCCACGAUCCGGCUUCACAAGGAUGGCGUCACGGCGCUCGCCGUCGCGCCGGGCUCCGGCGCGUCGCUGGCGUCCGGCUCCAUCGAUCACUCCGUCAAGUUCUGUUCUUUCCCAGAGGGGGUGUUCCAGAGCAAUAUCGCCCGGUUCACCCUGCCGAUCCGGUCACUGGCCUUCAACAAGAAGGGGACUCUGCUGGCGGCGGCCGGAGACGACGACGGCAUCAAGUUGAUUGCCACCAUCGACAACACCAUCUCCAAAGUGCUCAAGGGCCACAAGGGAUCGGUAACCGGGUUGUCUUUCGAUCCCAGAAACGAUUAUUUGGCAUCAAUUGACACCUUCGGCACAGUCAUCUUCUGGGAUCUCUGCACGGGGACUGAAGCCCGUAGUCUGAAGCGGAUUGCGCCGACAUUUGGUUCAGACCACUCAAUCAACAAUGCCCUGUGCUGGAGCCCUGAUGGGCAGUUCCUUGCUGUUCCGGGAUUGAGGAAUAAUGUGGUCAUGUAUGAUAGGGACACCGGUGAGGAGGUGUUCACUCUGAAAGGGGAGCAUGAGCAACCAGUGUGUAGUCUCUGCUGGUCUCCAAAUGGGAGGUACCUAGUCACUGCUGGAUUGGAUAAGCAGGUUCUGAUCUGGGAUGUGAAGUCAAAGCAGGAUGUUGAGAGGCAGAAGUUCGAUGAAAGGAUAUGUAGCUUGGCUUGGAAACCUGAAAGUAAUGCUGUAGCAGUGAUCGACGUAACUGGCAGAUUUGGCAUUUGGGAAUCGGUCAUCCCGUCGACUUUGAAAUCGCCCACAGAGGGUGCACCUGACCUGAACUCUACUAAGGUUCCUUUGUUUGAUGACGAGGAUGAUGAGGAGAGGCCGAGUACCUCUGGUGGACUGGAUGAUGAUGAUGAUGAUGAAAGUCUUGGUGAAUUAGGUCCAUUCAACCACAAGAGAUUGAGGAGGAAGUCAACCUAUCAUGAUCACUCAAAUGGAGAUAGUGAAGAUGAGGAUCUGAUACUUCAGAUGGAGUCACGCAAGAGAAUGAAAGAUACACAUAGAGAUAACAAGGAGGUUGCUGAUAAGGCAAUAGGUGAUUCAGCAACUUCAGUAAGACUGGUUACAGCAAGAAUGCAAACUGCAUUUCAGCCUGGGUCCACACCACCUCAACCUGGCAAGCGAAAUUUCCUUGCCUACAAUAUGCUUGGAAGUAUCACUACUAUCGAAAAUGAGGGGCAUUCACAUGUAGAGGUAGACUUCCAUGACACCGGAAGAGGUCCUAGAGUUCCUUCGAUGACUGAUUAUUUUGGUUUCACAAUGGCUGCACUGAAUGAAUCAGGAAGUGUCUUUGCAAAUCCAUGCAAGGGUGACAAGAAUAUGAGCACUCUUAUGUACCGCCCUUUCAGUAGUUGGGCAGGCAACAGUGAGUGGUCAAUGAGGUUUGAGGGAGAAGAAGUGAAGGCUGUGGCUGUUGGUGUUGGAUGGGUCGCUGCAGUUACAACUUUAAAUUUUCUGCGCAUUUUCACAGAGGGAGGGUUGCAGAUGCAUAUCCUCUCAGUCGGUGGCCCAGUGGUUACUGCGGCAGGCCAUGGAGAUCAGCUAGCGAUUGUGUCUCAUGCUUCAGAUUGUCUUUCAUCAGGAGACCAGGUGCUGGAUGUUAAAGUACUGAAGAUAUCUGAAUGUGCUCAAUCAUUGUCCAGCCGACUUGUUUUAACUCCUGCCUCUAAAUUAUCUUGGUUUGGUUUCAGUGAGAAUGGUGAACUUAGUUCCUUUGAUUCCAAGGGAAUACUGAGGGUCUUUUCUGGUCAAUUCGGUGGAAGCUGGAUUCCAAUAUUUAGUUCAAUCAAGGCAAGAAAAUCCGAAGAUGAAAGCCACUGGGUGGUGGGCUUAGAUGCUAAUAAUAUAUUCUGCAUUCUAUGCAAGUCCCCGGAGUCCUAUCCACAGGUGAUGCCCAAACCUGUUUUGACAAUACUUGAGCUGUCAUUUCCUCUUGCAUCAUCUGACCUUGGUGCCAAUAGUUUGGAAACUGAAUUCAUGAUGAGGAAACUGCAUCUCUCACAGAUUCAAAAGAAAAUAGAAGAAAUGGCUGCUUUGGGUCUGGACACGAUUGCAUUAGAUGAUGAAGCAUUCAACAUGGAGGCUGCACUUGACCGGUGCAUCUUGAGGCUCAUCUCCAGCUGCUGCAAUGGUGAUAAGCUUGUACGAGCUACCGAGCUUGCAAAAUUACUAACACUGGAGAAGUCAAUGAAGGGAGCAUUGAUGCUUGUUACACGCUUAAAACUUCCCAUAUUGCAAGAAAGGUUCAGUGCCAUACUCGAGGAGAUGAUGCUAAACAAUGCAAAAAUUGCCAAUACAUCUGGUGUUUUCUCCAAUAGUAAUACAAACUACUCACCAUCACCAGCGUUGAGCACUCAAGCAGUCCCACCAGCUAAGGUUGUGCAAAAUGGAAACAGCUUGAAGUUACCUACAUUGCCUAAACUGAAUCCUGCCGCCCAACGAAGCAAUCCAACUGAAUCAAACAAGGCAGAGGUAGAACAAGCAGACAAUUUGAAAGAAAUCAGUACAAAGGUUUCACCUGCACAAACUCCGUUAGUUAAAAUUCCAAAAAACAGUGAAAUGGGUGUAAAAACGAAGAAAGAUAAUGAUGGAGCAUCACAUGCAACUACAGUUGAUCAGAACCCAAAGGGAGGCAGUGGUCAGGUUGGCCUUAAAAACAAGAGCGUCGAUAGCUGCAAUGGUGUACAGCCUCAGCGGCCAGUUAACCCCUUCGCGAAAUCCUCAUCAAGCAAAGAACAGCCAUCAUCCCUUUUUGAUUCCAUCAAGAAGAUGAAGGUCGAAAAUGAGAAGGUUGACAAAGCUAACAGCAAGAAGGUGAAAGUGUAACUGCUUGUCAUUAUCUCAUGAUCUUCGGGAGCAAACCAGCAGUUAGGUAUCCUCCACCUUUACUGACAUAUCUGUGCUUAUAUUUUUCAUUUCAGUUGUGAUAAUGUAGGUGAAAAUCACUAUUUACUUCUUGAGCUACGUUUUUGUGUAUGGCUUCAGAGCUUAAUUUCUAGUUAUGAGGUGGUACACAAUGUAUGAUAGUAAACCUGUUUAGAUAGUUUGCUUGUUCCUUUUGUUGAUUGCUUUGAUAUACAAUUACAUUUUCGUCUGAUUAUAUUUAGGAUUUAUGUAUCUCCUACAGAUA